UAUGGAUUUUGAUAAAAUUGAAGCUUCUGUUUCAAAGAAUUUGGCACUUAACAUAUGCAUCCGAAGUCUUGAUUUAAAUAAGGCUCCGGUGGAUGUUUUAAGCUUAUGGUUAAAAAAACUGCUAAGGGCUUAUAUAAGCGCACCGCAUUGUGAUUUAACCGACGUUUUCAAGUCUAUGCACGAGUGGUUUCAAAGGCUAAAAGAACAAGCUGUCUAUGGGGAUAUUAUUAAUAUACUAGUAGAUGCAAUAGAAUUUGCCGAUUGGGCUAAUAAUCUGCUGCUAAAUGCUGAGGAGACCUUGGUGCAUACUGCAUCCUAUUUUCUGCUAGCCAUCGUACAUUGCAUUCUGCAGUUUUACGUAGAACAUAAUAUUCAGGACUUGAAAGAGCAUUUGCCGAAUGCAAUCAAAUUACACUUGCUAGUGAUUUCCUUACUAAAAGAAGUUACAGCACGUUCUGUGAAAGUAAACGAUGGUCGAGUUACUAUUUUAAUCAGGCAGUUAUGCGAAAUCUGCGAAUUAUUGAGCACGAAAAUCAUUCACAUGACUGUGUUUCUUAAAACCAGUAAGAUCAUGACCUAUAUCUGCAUUCAUUACUGCCGGCUCAGUGAAUAUGAAAGUAAUCCCGAAUGGUUAAACGAAACACAACUACACUUGUGCGACACAGUGCUUAAUAACUUAGAAACUAUUAAAAAGAAGGAAACGCUGACUGUUUCACUUGAGAAAGUUGAAGAUUUUUUGAAAAUGACUCAGGCGUAUUUAAUAAUGCUACACAACAUCUUUAGCACUGGUGUUAAGAAUGUGGAGGAAUCCGUUUUGGAAGUCCUUUUAGCGGUAUUAAUGGGCGGAGAUACCAAACCAACGCAUGAUCUGGGAAAAGACGUUCCAGCACUUUUGAAUAAGUUUGUUCGAUUGCCUACAAUGAAAAUUUUUGAGCUGAUCUAUCACGUUGGCGCGUUUCAAAAGUACAUGCUUGAUGCCUUAUCUCAGCCAGAGGCGUCUACGAUUGAUUUUUUUCAACUAUGUUUGGAUUUUGUCACUGUCGUCAUAAUGGACGAUAAAAUAAUAACGCCAUCUACUUGUGAGACUGUGCAGAUGGUAUUUGAAUUUGUUUUUAAAGACGAGUGGCAAUUCAUAAAUCGAAAGCACUAUGAUCGCAUCAUUGAGGCAUAUGGCACAUUGGUUUAUGUAGGAAACUCUUUGCAAUUGUGCAACUAUUUUUGCGCUGGAGUUUUUCAAGACGAUGUCCUCAAAUCGCAAGCUUCUGCCGAUGUCCUGCUUUGCAGCUUCAAAAUAGUGGAGGCGAACAAUGGUUGGAACAAUGGUAGAAUGCAGCCAGCCAUUGAUUAUUGGAACCAAUGCAAUAAUUCCUAUGCAAUGUGGUCACACAAUUGCAGUCAGUGGCAUGUGCGACGCAUUUUGAAUUAUUUGUAUACAAUCAAAAUAUCAAAUCAACUGCCAAUGUUCAAUUUAAACAACUAUAGGCUUCUCCGAUGCAUCUCGGCAGGCAGUGACGGUGGAAAAAGUAAAGUGUUGGUGGAAGGUCUACAAAAACUAUCAAUGACGCCAAUAAAACAAGCUGAACAAUAUUAUGAGAUGAUUGCACUUGUAGAGAUUUUAAUUGUGCACAAAAUUGGGCAGAGGGACUUAAAGAUCUUGGAACAAUCGUUAAUUAAACUUAAGAGUCUUCUGGAAAGCGACAAGUGCAUACUUCUGAUUAAUGUGAUUGCAAAGCUGGCUUUGAAAUCGAAUCGAUUCACGCAGUUUGGCGUGUUGCAAAAAUUUGCACGCACUGCUGCUGUUGCAAGCUGGCAUUUUCAAAAGUUUAUCCAUAAAUGCCGACAUUCUGACAAUGAAACCCUAAAGUCUUUGUCCUCAGAUGUGGUUGUGCAAAAAACUGACUGCACUACAUUGUUGGACACACUGCUUAAUUCGGAAAACCGUUGCUACAAUAACAAAGGCGUAGACAAUAUGUACAGAAAAUUAUGCUAUACGCGGAGUCGAAACCAUCGCUGCAACAAAUCCUGUUUAAAGCGCAAGCGGGACACCAUUACACCCAAACAUAUAAUCAAUGAGCUUUACACCAAAUCGGUGGAGCUCGAUCAGUGCGACGCACAGUCUCUCGAUCGCAUGGAUAAGGAGAAGCUGAAAAGCAUAAUAACCAAUAUUCAACGAUAUUUGCAAGAGUAAAUUUUAGUAUAUUUAUAUAUGUAUAUGUAUGUGUUAUGUAGUAUUAGGCGUUAAAAAAAUAAUCAGACACAUCCUCUCGAUUUA